ACGUCAUGAAAGCGCAGAAGUGGGUUUUAUCAAUCAUCAAGAAUACGCUGAAUUAUAUAUAAACAGAGUUCCUCCCGAUGUCUCGUGCGUCGCGAGAAGCCGCCGUAUCCGAGAUGGUUCAACGCACAUAUAUACUACGAAACAUCGCCAUUUUGUGGCCGUGAAGUACGCGACGCCGUUGCGACACACGUGUCAGCUGUCACACGAAAAAAUCUUCAGAUGGACCGAAGAAUGUUAGUUUAGCACGCAGCGAGUUACGCUGACAUAAGAUUAGUCAGUGACAGUAGCCACAUGUGCAUCAAUUUGUGAACGUACGAAAUGGGGAAUAAAAGAAAAAAGCAAGAUGAAAAUGAUUACGAAUACGAUCCCGCUCCGAAACAUUUGCAAAUAGGUCAUAUAAGGAAUCAAGAAAAGCGUCUGGUUGUGAUAUUGGAGAAUGCUCAAUUAGAAUCUGUGAAAGUUGGAAACAGUUUUGAGCUAUUAAACUGUGAUGAUCAUAUAAAUAUUUUAAAGAAAAACAAUCGUGAUCCAGGCACAUGCAGACCAGACAUUGUUCACCAAUGUUUAUUAAUGUUGAUGGACAGUCCAUUAAAUAGAGCUGGACUAUUGCAAGUCUAUAUUCAUACAGAAAAAAAUGUACUGAUAGAAAUUCAUCCACAGACUAGGAUACCAAGAACAUUCAAGCGCUUUGCUGGAUUAAUGGUGCAACUAUUGCAUAAAUUUGGUGUUAGAGCAUCUGAUGGAUCAAUGAAGCUUCUUAAAGUAAUUAAGAAUCCUAUAUCGGAUCAUUUGCCUGUUGGUUGCCAUAAGAUAUUGAUGUCAUUUAGUGCAAACAAAGUAUUAAAUCCACGCGAGUUUGUACCUUCCGAAGAUCCAAUUGCUAUUGUAGUUGGAGCUAUGGCACAUGGCCAAGUUAAAACAGAUUAUACAGAGGAUACCAUCUCUAUCAGUAACUAUCCUCUCUCAGGUGCUGUUACAUGUAGCAAAUUAUGUACAGCAUUUGAAGAAGUUUGGGGUAUUGUUUAA